AAUGGAUCUCUCUUGGUGUAUUAUGUGUGAUAACCGUAUUGUUGAUGAUGAAUUAUCAAUGGCUGAUGAUAAUUCACUCUAUUGCUCACAAGAAUGCAAACUCAAGGAUGAACAAGCAACCACAAAACCCACUCUGAAGUCCUGGAUGACCAAGAAAUCAACAGCAAAGCAUCAUUUCUAUCGUACAAGUGCACCUACAUCAACAUACCCUUGGAUUCCCCUUUAUCAAAAACGCCGUAGUUCUAUUCAAUCAAAACGCUGUACUCAACCUAUCACAAACACAAAAACAUCUGGUGCAUCUUUAAUUCAUUAAUUCAUUUUAUAUAUUUUUAUUUAUUC